AUGUCUAUCUCUUUCGAAAAGUUACCUCCUAAUUUUAUCAUUUCUUCGGACGAAACUUAUGCAACACUAUCAAUUCCACUCGAAAAAUCCGAGAAUGACGAUCGAGAAUAUCGAUUAAUCAUAUUACCUAACGAAUUAGAAGCUUUAUUAAUUUCAGAUAAAGAAACUGAUAAAAGCAGCGCCGCAAUAGAUGUCCAUGUUGGGCAGAUUUCAGAUCCGUCAAAUCUUCAAGGUCUUGCCCAUUUUUGUGAACAUUUGUUGUUUAUGGGAACUGAAAAAUAUCCCAAAGAAAAUGAUUAUAACGAGUAUCUAACAAAACAUAAUGGAACAUGUAAUGCAUAUACUGGCAUUGAUAAUACAAACUACUAUUUUGAUGUUGGACAUGAACAUUUGGAAGGGGCUUUAGAUAGAUUUGCACAAUUUUUUAUUUGUCCUCUAUUCAAUGAUGAUUGUACAGAUAGAGAGUUAAAAGCUGUUGACUCUGAAUAUAAACUUAAUCUUCAAGAAGAUGGUUGGAGGCAAUUUCAACUUGAAAAAUCUUUAUCAAAUCCAAAUAAUCCAUAUUCACAAUUCGGGAUAGGAAAUCUUGAAAGUUUAAAAGAUAUUCCAUCAAAAACUGGAUUAAACGCAAGAACAGAAUUAUUAAAAUUCCAUGAUAAAUUUUAUUCCGCUAAUUUAAUAAAAUUGGUCGUUUUGGGGAGAGAACCUUUAGAUAAAUUAAAUGAAUGGGUUGUAGAAAAAUUCUCGAUAGUUAAAAAUAAGUCGAUUCCUAUACCAGUUCCUGAAGGCCAUUAUCCUAUUACUGAGAAAGAAUUAGGGAGUCAAAUCUCAAUGAAACCUGUUAAAGAUAAUCAUGGCUUAGAAAUAACUUUCCCAUUUGUUGAUCAACAACCACAUUAUAAUACAAAACCUUCAAGAUAUAUUAGUCAUUUGAUUGGACAUGAAGGUGUUGGAUCAAUUUUAUCAUUGUUAAAAAAAAAAGGAUGGGCGAAUAGAUUGAAUGCUUUUUCAAGCCAUCAAUAUGUCGGAUUUGAGGUGUUUAAAAUAUCUAUUGACCUUACUGAAGAAGGGUUAGCUCACUAUGAGGAAAUUGUGAUAAUUUGUUUUCAGUAUAUUGAAAUGUUAAAACAAGGUGGUGUAAAGGAAUGGAUUUUCCGCGAGGUUCAAUCAAUUGCAUCAAUAGACUUUAAAUUUCAAGAAAAAUAUUCUCCAUCUUAUUAUGCUUCAGAACUUGCUGUGUAUAUGCAACGUCCAUAUCCUCGUGAAUUAAUUUUGAGUAGCCCUCAUUUAAUUCGUGAAUAUGAUCCAAAUCUUAUCAAUGAAGAAUUAAAUUAUUUAUGUUGGGAUAAAUGUGUUAUUACUUUGUCUAGUAAAUUAUUAAAAGGAUUUGAUAAAAAGGAAAAAUGGUUUAGUACUGAAUAUAAAUUUGAAAAGAUUAACGAAAAUCUUUUAAAGGCAAUCCAAAAUCCAGGACUUCAUCCAGAUCUUAAGAUCCAUCCGUCAAAUAUUUUUAUUCCUUCAAACUUUGAAAUUAACAAGCUUGAAAAUGUCACUCCAUGUACACGUCCAAAUCUUAUCAAAGACACAACAUUGAGUCGGCUUUGGUAUAAAAAGGAUGAUACAUUUUGGAUACCAAAAGUUGAAGCGCAUUUCUUAAUAAGAACCCCAAUAGUCCAUUCUACACCUCUAAAUUUUGUAAAAACACGAUUAUAUAUUGGACUUGUGAUUGAUGCAUUUACAGAAUAUGCAUAUGAUGCAGAGAUAGCUGGACUUAUUUAUUACCUUUAUAUUUAUAAUGAUGGAAUAGCUGUAUCAGUUCAAGGUUAUAAUGAUAAAUCUCCUCUACUUAUUCGUAAAAUUGUUGAAAAAAUGAAAUCAAUUCAAUUUGAUCCUAAUCGAUUUCAAAAAGUAAAAGAAGAUUUAAAAAGAAAAUUUGAUAAUCAUUCAUUAGAUUCACCAAAUUAUCAAGCCAUGUAUUAUAAAAGUUGUGCAAUUAUGCAACAAUUCUGGACUCACAAAGAGAAAAGUAAAUUAUUAGAAAAAAUUCAAUGUGAAGAUGUACAGAAAUUUUACCCAACAUUAUUUGAUCAAGUAAUGUUUGAAGGAUUUAUUCACGGAAAUAUGAGUCGAGAUGAUUCAUUAGACAUGAUUAAAAUAUUAGAGGAUAUAUUGAAGCCAUCUGAAGAAAUUUUAAAAUCACAAUUGAUUGGAAAUAGAAGUGUGUGUAUACCCGAUGGAAAAAAAUUUGUUUAUAGUAUGGAUGUACCAGAUGAAAAAGAAAUCAACAGUGCUAUAGAAUAUUAUGUACAAAUUGGUGAUAAAAUGGAUAGAGAGUUGAGAGCAAAGUUGGCAUUAUUAGGACAGAUUUCUGAAGAACCUUCUUAUGAUCAACUAAGAACUAAGGAACAAUUGGGAUAUUUGGUAUGGUGCAUGACAGAAGAAACAACUGGUAUGAUGGCAUUCCGAAUUGUCAUUCAGAGUGAAAAAGAUCCUAUAUAUUUGGAAAAUAGAAUCGAGGAAUUCUUAAUUAAAUUACAGACAAUAAUUGAAGAUAUGUCAGAAGAAGAAUAUAAAAAACAAAUAGCUUCAUUGAUUAGUAAGAAAUUAGAAAAGCCUAAGAAUUUAGGUGAAGAAAGUUAUAAAUAUUGGUACCAUAUUUGCUCUGGAUAUUAUGAAUUUAAUAAAGUUGAAAUUGAUGUAUCAAACCUACGUAAAAUCACAAAAUCUGAACUUUUAGAAUUCUACAAAACCUAUAUUCACCAUUGUUCACCUGUUCAUAAAAAACUUUCAAUACACUUGAAAUCCAAAAAUCUUGCAUUAUUAAAACGGUUUAAUUCAACCGACAUUAAAAAAUUACAUGCACUUGUAUCUUCUCAUGGAUUCGAAAGCAUUACAGAGGAUGAAUUAAAGGGAGCUAUUGAUAUUCUGAAAGUUCAAUGUGCUGGAAAAGAAAUUCGGGAAAUUGAUGUUGAGAUUAAAAAAUUGCUUUUGAAAAAAAUUAGUGAGAUGAAUAGUGACCAAGAAGAAAGUAAAGAAAUGGAAAUCAUACUAGAUAAAUUGUGUAAAGAUAUUAUAAUUGAAGAUUUGCUUUUAUUUAAAAGCAGAAUGAAAUUAAGCCCUGAUGCUAUGCCUGUUUUACCUUGGAAUAAUUAUUAUGAGAAUUAA